AUGGAGGAGGAGGAGAUAAUGAAGGAGUUUAUUAACUUCUUACAUGAAAAAAAUAUGGAGGGAAGAUUUGAGGAAAUACUAAAGGAGAGUAGAGGGAAGAAACACAGGGCAAAAUCCCCCGAAGAAGAGGAGGACUGGAACGCGGUAGUAACUCCCCCGUUUGACACCUAUAUUGACCCGAAGACAAGAGAAAGAGUAAGAAGGAGAGCCGAAAAAAGAAACAGGGAAGCGGAGAUAAGGAAAAUAAGGGAAGGAAAAUCCAGUGAAUGGAUAUUGUGGACGAAGAAGCAGAGGAGAGAUAAAGAAGAAAUGGAAAGAGUGUUGAAGCUUUGGAUGGAGGAUGCAAAACAGGCAGAAUCGCAGGAAAGAAGAAGGGAGGUGACGGAGAAAGAAAAAGAGUUGGUGCAAAGGGAGAACGAAAAAAGAAAUGGGAAGAUAGGAAAAGAGCAAACAGAGAGAGUAGAGAAAGAAGAACAAACAAAAGAAAAAUGGUGA